AUGUCUAGCAACAAUUCGGAUCAAUCCCAUAGAGGAAAUUGGAGAGGUCAUGGUGGUGAUCGAUCUCGUUAUUCCAGAAAUGACAAUGAUUCUUUUCAAACUUACAACCGUGAUCGUCAUCCAAAACUGACUAACGAGGAAUAUCGUUUAGUUAAUCAAGGAAGAGAUGAACUCUUUGAUAAAAAGAAAACCUUUCCAAGGGUAAAUCCUCCUGCUAAUAUAUCAUUAUUAUCAUCUGAGAAUCUCUUUGCCACUGAUCGAUGGGAUAUCGAUCAAUUAAUUGAACUGAAAACUAAACUUAAUGAUACACGUAAUCAAUUAAAUGAAAAAGAUAUUAAAGUUUGGAAACAACAUACAGGUAAGACAAACAUGACUGGACGUGUUGUCUGGUCACUUCGAAAUCAAAAUCAGAUUGAAAUGUGUACAAAUGCUUGGAUUAAAAUGGCUGAAAUAUUUUCGAAAUACAAAAGUCUCAUUCCAGCAGAGUUGCCUGACAAUCAAUCGUUUCGAAGCAUACAUGUAUGCGAAGCACCAGGUGCCUUUAUUUGUGCAACGAACUUCUAUCAUAAUCAAACUAUCGAAAAAAGAAAUUCACGUUCACCUGGUCAGCAAUGGCAAUGGACAGGUCUUUCAUUGAAUCCAUAUUAUGAAGGCAAUGAUCAAGAAGCGAUGGUUGAUGAUGAUCGAUUUAUCGUCGAAACAUUAGAAAGAUGGUAUUUUGGCGAAGAUAAUAGUGGAAAUAUUCUGGAUACAAAUAAUAUCAAAGGUUUAUGGAAGAGAAUCCGAACUGAUCCAAGGUCGAAUGGUGUUCAUUUAGUGACAGGUGAUGGAUCUGUAGAUACAUCAGGCGAUCCUAAUGAACAAGAAUCUAUUGUAUCUGAACUUCAUUAUGCUGAAACAAUCUGUGCUAUGGGUGCUCUAGUAAAAGGUGGUUCAUUAGUAUUAAAAAUGUUUAAUUUAUUUGAAUGUGAAACUAUUUGUCUUCUUUAUAUCGUGGCACUUCAUUUUGAAGAAUUAAGUGUAUUUAAACCAGCAUCAUCACGAGCACCGAAUGGUGAAACCUAUAUAAUUGCACUUGGAUUUCGUGGUAUCGAUUCUCAUCAUCUUCAUUCUUUACUUUCAUUCGUUUCACCAACAUUUCCUCCAAAUAAAGCAUUACUACCAUUGAAUUCUAUUCCUGAAUCUUUUCUCAAUACUUUAAUUCAAAUUGCUGAAUAUUUUACAAUCAAACAAAUUCAAGCAUUAGAACGAAAUCUACAGUUAGAAAAAAUUUGGAAUCGAAAUGUUCAAGAAGCAAUAUUUCACUUGAAUCAAGAUGUUGUGAAAGAAUUUCGUCGGCGAUGUUCAAUUGAUUUUCACUAUAUACAACAAGUACGGAUCGUAAGCAAUGUUGAACUUGAUGGAUCAGCUAAAUCAUUAGGAAAUAGUGCAGCAGUGGUCAAAGGUGGAUUAAAACAACGUGCAGGUGGAACACUUUCUGAUCGACAAGGUCGAAAACGUGAUCGAGAAGAAUUCUUAUUAAAUAAUAAUAAUACCGAAGAUAAUCAAGAUCAAGAACAAUUAUCGAAAAGAUGUAAUUUAGGACAAGGAAAAACCGUCGCUGUUGGUGGAGAAUAUAUUAGAAAGGAUACAUUCGAUGAAGUAUCCAUGCAAACUUCGAAUGAUCAAGAAAAAGAAUCCAUUGCCAUGAAAUUAAUGAAAAAAAGUGGUUAUAUCCCUGGACAAGGUUUAGGUGUCCAUAGUCAAGGACGAGCAACACCAGUCGAAACUUCAAUGCAUGAAAGUCGUCUUGGUUUAGGUCAUCAUUAUCAAUCAUCGAUGAAUUUAACAUCAUCAGCAUCAUCAACUUUGCCAUCAGUUAUCGAUGAACCAUUAUUUUCAAGUUUCGAUCAAUCAAUAUCUUCUUAUUGUCAAACAACUCUUCCUAUAUUAAGUUAUCGAUCAAUCACAAUUGGUUCAAAUUUACGAUCAGUUUUAUCAUCACUUUUUGUUAAAUUUGAUGAUUUGGAAUUAUUAUACAAGAAACGUGAAGAAUAUUUUCGAAAGUUCGAUCGUACAACUAUGAACAAAGCAAAGAUUUUCAUUAGUGAUCAGCUGGAAUUGUUGAUGAAAGAUCAUAAAUAUCGAGAAAUACAUGGCUUUUAUCUUGAUUAUCAAUCAGCAUUUCAAUUGGCUUCAUUAGACAAAAUUUUUCAUUUAACAUCAGUUAAUUUAAAGAAUUCUUCUUCAUUGUCAUUUAUUAUUGAUAAUCGAUCGUUAACCGGUUUUGCUGAAUAUCUUGUUUGGCAACAACAAAAUCAACUCAAUGGCAUUAUUAUUUCUGAUUUACCUCAUUCAUUUCCACAAAGUUCAUCUGUUCUUAUCAAAUCUCAAGUUAGUGCAAAUUAUCCUCGAGUUCAUCUUUAUUUCUCUGAUGUUUCCCUUCUAUCAAAUAAUCUGCCUAUCAAUAGACGUUAUAUGGGACAAUACAAUAAAUAUCAAUUUCUUCAAGCCUGUCGAAAUGCAUUAAUACAACUUCAUGAAGGUGGUCAUUUUGUCUGUAAACUAUUAGAUACAUUAACACGUUUUACAGCUGGUCUUAUUUAUUUACUCUAUCGUUCAUUUAAAUCUCUGACUAUUCUUCGUCCAUUUACAGUUGAUCCAGCUAGUUCUGUACGCUUUUUAGUUUGUCAAGAAUUGAAACAUCCUGUUCAUCCUUCAAUUAGUCAACAUCUAGAUAAUUUAAUUAAAUAUGAAAAACAUCAACAUAUUUUAGAAGUUGUUCCAUUGAAAUGUUUACUUGAAACAGAAUUUCAACAAUAUCUUGCUGAUACAAGUCAACGUCUUUUACAACGAGAAAUUCAAGCAUUGAACAAACGUCUUUUCUUUAUCGAUCAGAAAAAUGAUCAACAGGCAUCACAUCAAGCUGUGACCGUUCCUUGUCGAGCUAAACCAUUACCGAUCGAACCAGAUUCAGGCAUUAUAUUACCACCUGGUUGGACUAAGCAAUGGAGUCGAAGAGAAGAACGUUUUUAUUAUUUUAAUGGAAAUACUGGUGAGUCACGUUGGGAACCACCAAUUUAA